ACGCUUUCAAAAUUCGCUGCAACUUCAGAAGAUUAAUUUCUCAAUCAAGACGCAGGGUGGCGCUGCAGGCUAAGAUUGUGAAUAAGGAGCCCUAAAAAGCUCGCGUAUUCCUUUGUUGCAAGACGGAAUCAAAAACACUCGAAAGAAGCUUUGCCAGCAGCACUGGUUUACCAGAGUUUGAGCAGAGAUAUACUCAACAAAUUUAGAAUUAAAAGCAGCUCUGUGAUAAUUCCACGAGGCAAGAAAUCAGAAUUGACUAUCUCUAGUCUUUUUGUGGUUGCUGAAGGGAUUGAACGUAACAACCCGAGUUCCAACAUGGAGACGCUAGAGAGAAUUCAACCAAACAGGCAAGUGAUGGCCUUUAUUUUGAUGGUGUUUUUGUCUCAGUCUCGCUCCGAGCCUAUUCGUUAUUCUGUGCUGGAAGAAACAGAGAGCGGCUCCUUUGUAGCCCAUCUGACCAGGGAUCUGGGCCUGGGAAUAGGGGAACUGGCCGCCCGGUCGGCCCGGGUGGUGUGUGACGAUGACAAGCAGCGCUUGCAGCUGGAUCGUCAGACUGGAGAUUUGCUUUUGAGGGAGAAACUAGACCGGGAAGAGCUAUGUGGCCCCAUUGAACCCUGUGUACUGCAUUUCCAAGUGUUCCUGGAAACGCCAAUGCAAUUUUUUGAGGGAGAAUUAUCAAUCCAGGACAUUAAUGACCACUCUCCAGUAUUCCCGAAUGGGGAGAUUCUCUUGAAAAUACUGGAAAAUAGCCAGCCAGGGACCAUAUUUCCGUUAAAAUUAGCUCAGGAUUUGGAUGUGGGCAGUAACGGUCUUCAAAAAUACACUAUCAGCUCCAAUUCUCACUUUCACGUUCUCACUCGAAAUCAUAGUGAGGGCAAGAAAUACCCAGAUUUGGUGCAGGACAAAGCGCUGGAUCGAGAGGAGCAGCCUGAGUUCAGCUUGACCCUCAUGGCGCUGGACGGUGGGACUCCACCCAGGUCUGGCACCGCCAUGGUGCGAAUCCUGAUCAUGGACGUCAAUGACAAUGCUCCUGAGUUUGUGCACACCACAUAUGAGGUGCAGGUCCUGGAAAACAGCCCCGUGGACUCCCCAAUACUUACAGUUUUAGCUAGGGAUGUCGAUGCUGGAAAUUUCGGGAGCGUUUCCUAUGGCUUGUUCCAAGCAUCAGAUGAAAUUAAACAAACUUUCUCAAUAGAUGAAGUCACAGGAGAAAUCCGACUGACAAAGAUAUUGGAUUUUGAACAAAUUAAAUCUUACCACGUGGAAAUUGAGGCUACAGAUGGAGGAGGCCUUUCUGGAAAAGGCACUGUAGUCAUAGAGGUGGUGGAUGUGAAUGACAACGCCCCUGAACUGACCAUGUCUUCACUUACCAGCUCCAUCCCAGAAAAUGCUCCUGAGACCGUAGUUUCUAUCUUUAGAAUUCGAGAUAGAGACUCCGGAGACAAUGGAAAGAUGAUUUGCUCUAUUCCAGAUAAUCUGCCGUUCAUUCUAAAACCGACUUUCAAGAAUUUCUACACCCUGGUAACAGAGAGCCCGCUGGACAGAGAAAGCCAGGCCGAGUACAACAUCACCAUCACGGUCACUGACAUGGGAUCCCCCAGGCUGAAAACCCAGCACAACAUAACCGUGCUGGUCUCCGACGUCAACGACAACGCCCCGGCCUUCACCCAAACCUCCUACACCCUCUGGGUCCGCGAGAACAACAGCCCCGCCCUGCACAUCGGCAGCGUCAGCGCCACAGACACAGACGCAGGCGCCAACGCCCAGCUCACCUACUCGCUGCUGCCGCCCCAGGACCCGCACCUGCCCCUGGCCUCCCUCGUGUCCAUCAACGCCGACAACGGCCACCUGUUCGCCCUCAGGUCGCUGGACUACGAGGCCCUGCAGGCCUUCGAGUUCGGCGUGGGCGCCACGGACCGCGGCUCGCCGGCGCUGAGCAGCCAGGCGCGGGUGCGCGUGCUGGUGCUGGACGCCAACGACAACUCGCCCUUCGUGCUGUACCCGCUGCAGAACGGCUCUGCGCCCUGCACCGAGCUGGUGCCCCGGGCGGCCGAGGCGGGCUACCUGGUCACCAAGGUGGUGGCGGUGGACGGCGACUCGGGCCAGAACGCCUGGCUGUCGUACCAGCUGCUCAAGGCCACGGAGCCCGGGCUGUUCGGCGUGUGGCCGCACAACGGCGAGGUGCGCACGGCCAGGCUGCUGAGCGAGCGCGACGCGCCCAAGCACAGGCUGCUGGUGCAGGUCAGGGACAAUGGCGAGCCGCCGCGCUCGGCCAGCGUCACGCUGCACGUGCUGCUGGUGGACGGCUUCUCCCAGCCCUACCUGCCGCUGCCCGAGGCGGCGGCCGAGCAGGCGCGGGCCGACCCGCUCACCGUCUACCUGGUCGUCGCGCUGGCGUCGGUGUCAUCGCUCUUCCUCCUGUCGGUGCUGCUGUUCGUCGCGGUGCGGCUGUGCAGGAGGAGCAGGGCCGCGUCGCUGGGUCGCUGUUCGGUGCCCGAGGGCCCCUUUCCGGGCCACCUGGUGGACGUGAGUGGCACCGGGACCCUGUCCCAGAACUACCAGUAUGAGGUGUGUCUGACAGGAGACCCUGGGACUGGUGAGUUCAAAUUCCUGAAGCCAAUAUUCCCCAACCUCUUGGUUCAGGACGCUGAGAGAGAGAUUAAAGAAAACUCCAACUGCAGGAAUAGCUUUGUAUUCAGUUAAGUAUUGUAUUUGGUUAAGUGAACCUCCCCUUAGUUUUGGCAAACCUAACCCCCACUUGAAUGCCUUUCUUUUAAGAAAUUGUAUUGUCGUCUAAAUAUGGAUACCUCUAUUCCAAAGCUAUGCAUGUCCCUGACCAUGCUAAAUCUCUUCCUUUUAUUAAUAUUCAUUGCACUUAGCAGUUUUAGUUAUGCUGGAUAUUGAAUAUGUAUUUUCUUUGUAUUUUACCUUCUCUUGGCGAUUAAUCUUUCCAUAACUAUACAUUAUUCAAGUGGCAUAAGAAGAAAUUUUACUUAAAUCAACUUCUUAAUUAGUGAAUGUCUUUUUAAUGAAAAAUUUUAAAGCUUUUUGUAAUCGUGUAUUUCCAUAUAUUUAUGGUACUUGUCUUUACCAUGUAACUUUAUCUUUACAAGGCCAGAUUAUUUGAAAUUCUUUAUAGCUAUCUAGGCCUUUUUUGUAGACUAUUCUACUGGAGUAUCCCCCUAAAUAGCCGUGAGCACGUAACUUGUUUCUCCCAACUUGUACGUAAACAUACACUUCAUUAAAAUAUUAAUACACUAAAAUCACGACUUUCUCCUAUUGUGAGCACAACAUAUGCUAGAGAGUAUCUUAUUUAUUUGGUUGCUACUUACCUAGCAUGUUGUAAGUGCUCCAUACUAAUACCAAAAUUAAAAAAUUAUUCUCAUUUAUAAAUAAUAAUGAAUGAAAAAUCUUAAUAUAAUUCAACUUCUCUUUCACUAAAUAAAACUAAGUCACUGCUUGGUAAAAUCUUUUUAAAUUAAUCUCAGAAUCUUAAAUAAACCCUAAGUCCUUUCAAAGGAUUUAAGAGUCUGGAGGGCAUUAUACACUUCCUUGUCCUUCCUUUUGCCCUAUAAGUAGAAGUUCUAGUGUAGUUUAAUGUAUGUUUCUCUUGGUUUUCCUAUAGCUUCUCCGCACCUUUCAAAAGAGCCAGAGAAUUUCUUCUGAGUUUUGGUUAUUCUGUUCAAGUCUGAUUAUCAGGUGAUAUCAGAUUUUUACUUUAAGUUACUUUGCAGACAUGGACAGCUUUUAUCAACAAAAUAAUGAUUUAUUUUUGAUGUCCAAGUUAUCUUCUGUUUUGUUCUUCAAUGUAGCUUUCAGACAUUUUGUGUAAAUUUACUUUUUAAUUAUACGGAACUUUCAUUUGUAAGAAAUAAGCAUUAUUUUGUCCUUUAGGACAAUAAGAAUAGAAACAGAAAUUAAAUAAGAUAAAAAAUGAACUUAUCUGAAUUAUAAUUGUUUUAUGUUGUGUUCAAUAAGCCAUGUAAGCCGAUUACAUGGUUUCCAACUAAAUUUGUAUGGAUAUAAGACCACUUAGUUAAACUUUAGGCACAAUGUGAGCAGUUUAAGAGCUUGCUUUAUAAUCUAAUAUUUAUUUUUAAAUCUCAAAUGUCAUCCUACUGGAAUUUAAUUACUUGCACUUUUUCCUGAAUUACCUUUUUUCCUAAGGAUAUAGUAAAAUAAAAAGGGAAAAUUACUGACUGUUUAAGUUAUUCUUGAAACAUAGGUUUUAGCCUUCAUCUAAUCUAAAAAUUGAAAUUAGAGGGUGAUAAAAAAUGAGAACAAAAUUAAAUACAAACAGAUAUAUAAGACAUAAAUAUGGUAGUCACCUUUAAUGAUUUCUCUACUUAUUAUUAGCUAUUUAAAUAAAAUAGAUUUUCUAUAUAAUGGCAAGAAAUCUGAUGGAAGUUUUUACCAAUAUAUUUCAACAUUAUGAAAAUCUAAGUUCACUUUUUUUGUUUAUGCCAGGAAAGUCCAGUUAGUAUAAUCACCCAAAUGAGAUUGGCCAAAUAAACAGCCAAAACCCACCUUUAUUUAUUUAUGUGAGUAAAUUUGUGAAUUACUUCAUGUAUUACUUUAUGAAUUACUGUGUGUAUUCAUAAAGCAUGGACCAUUCCUUACCCGCUUAGGGAUCACCACCAGACUUUGGUGUAGAAUAGAUCCACAUUUUGAAAUUCAAUUGUUAGAAGUUAGUAGUAAACAUGAUUCAAAUAACUUCCACAAAAUGUACACCUUCUGAAAAAUAGGCUAAUUCCAUUGUUGCAAAACAAAAAUAGAGAAUGGAGGUCAAAUACCUGGAUAAUAACACAGUUUUCAAUCAUAUAGUUUCUCAAAUGCUUCUAUAAUACAUGCAAUUUUUACAAUUCCUUUGUUAUUAUUUUAGGCACAGCAUAUAGUGAGUUUGACACAGGCCGUUUGGGGGACAGAAAUUCUACUGAUGGCAAUGGAGCCUCCAUCACUUUAAGACUCCCUCUUUCUUUACUACGAAAAGUUGUAAAAAUAUAGAUUUUAAAUAGUCUGAAGUUAAAAAUUAUGCACAUAUUUAGUGGAAUUACGCUUCCGGGUUAGAUGGAUUAUCUAAGAGCAAAAAAUGACCACUAAAAGUAGUUAAAAUUCAGACAUUAUCCACUUGAAGCAACAGACAGCAGAUGAUAUAAUAAGAACUGAAGAGGCUCAGAUUCCUGAAAGGGAAAAUCCUUGGAGCUGUGAACUGACUCCUACAAUCAGUUUGCCCUGAGGAAAUUUGCUAAGCCUGAGAACAGACAAAAGGCUCCUGCCAGGGAUAGAGUAACUUCAAUAGCCUUUGGUAAACUGGAGGAUUCAAGCUCAAGGCCAGUUUUCCCCCUCAGGAUACUUGUAAACUCAGGGACAUCCCAGGGAUGAAGACUGAAAACUUAAGUGGAAAUUUUCUGAAAAGCAGAGUGAAGUUUUAAUAGUCCUUCUGCACAAAGAUUUCAGUUUGGGAGCUGCCAUGGUAAGGGACUAUGGAGAAUACACUAAAGUCUUGAGUGAAAUUCCUGGAGGGCCAGGUGCUUAUCAGGACCGAAAAGAGCCUGACUAAACACUGUGCCUGUUUGGAUUCAGACAAUCUGAACAGACAUGACUCUAUCGAACUACCCAAGGAAAAGUUGAACUCUUUCUGGAGGAAGAUACUAUCAUCUGGAUCCUGGACAGCUUUUUACAUAAACAUUCAGCAUUCAAUAAAAUAACUAGGCAUGCACAUAAAAAAAGUGGUUGACAUGAAUAAAACCUAGAAAUAAAACAGACAAUACAAAUGACCCACAGAUGAAACAGACACUACAAUUCACUGACAAUGAUGUUAAAAUAAGUAUGACUAAUAUGUUAAAAAUAAGAAAUAGAGAAAAUAGAUAGAGGAGAAUUUCUCCAGAGAAGUGAAAUUUUAAAAUGUAAAUUAAUUCUGGAACUGAGAAAUAUAAUAUUUGAAAUUAAAAAUUAUUUAGGUGGUUUAAUGUCCUGGUAAAUGUAAAGGACUACAGAAUUAGUGAAUGCGAGACAGGCCAAUACAAAAUAUCCAAAUAGAAGCAGAGAGGAAUAAAAUGAUUAAAAAUACAGACAAGAACAUUACUGACAUGUGGGGCAUAAUGAAAAACUCUAACAUACAUACGAUUGUAAUCCUAGAAGGAGAACAGAGACAAGGAAUGGGGAAUAAGCAGUUUGAAGAGAUAAUAAUCAAGAAUUUUCCAGAAUUGGUGAAAAGCCUUCACCCCUCAAGAUGCUCAAUGAAACCCAAUUAGGAGAAUAAAGAACAAAGCACACGUAGGCGUAUCAUAGGAGAGCUGCUGAAGACCAAAGUCAAAGAGAAAAUCUUAAGAGCAACCACAUAAAAAUGAUACAUUACUAUUCCAGGAGCAGCAAUAACAUGGAGAACUGACUUUUCAACAUAAAUCAUGAAACCAAAAGACAAAAGAAUGAUGUCUUUAAAUUUCUGAAAAAAAAAAAAAAAAAAAACCUACCA